AUGCAGGCUGACCUUUCGUACUAUUCACAUACCGUUGAGUGUAAUUUCUUGAUUGAACGUAUGAAGCGUUGUUAUGCUAAUCAUUCUUUUGGAAAAUUUUUUGGUUACUGUGAUAAAGAUGCAAAUGAUGUCGCCCUUUGUUGCCAUGAGGAACGAAUUCUAAAAAGUAAAAAUAAUCCACGAUAUUCUCCGAGACCAGAGGAGAAUCGUUGUUUGCCAGAAAGUUCGUAUACGGCUACUCUCAAGAAGCUGAAAGAAGAAGGUGUACUUGUUAUUAGACCAGAAGAUUGCGAGCAGCGACAUUUUCGGCAAUCAGAAACAUCCUGA